AUGUCCCGAUUGCUGAUCUUAGUGUGCGCAAUUUUGUUCCUGACCCUCUGGCAGAUGUCUGAGGCGAGAGGAGGCGGCGGCGGCGGUGGCGGACAUGGCGGAGGCGGCCAUGCUGGAGGCUUUGGAGGAGGAGGUCGCGGUGGGGGCUUCGGAGGCGGACGAGGUGGAGGAUUCGGCGGACGUGGCGGAGGCUUUGGAGGCAGAGGCCCAGGCUUUGGUGGACCAAGAGGUGGAGGUUACAGAGGAGGACCUCGCCCGUAUUACGGCUAUAGGGGAUAUGGUGGUUUUGCUGGCUACGCGGGAUACGCUGGUUACGCUGGAGUUGUCCCCGUUCCCGUGCCCUACCCUGCCACCUACAGCCGGUGCUACUACGGCGACUAUUACUACAACUAUUACUACUGCUGA